GUGCUGAAGGGGCUAGUUUAAAAGAUACAAUUUCACUUAGACAUAUCAUAGUAAAGGGUUUUAAGACAGGAAUGGUUAAAUAAUGACAGUAUUUGCUAAUCCUCUUGCAAGUUUCUUGAUAAAACACUGAAACCUUCCUUAUUUUAAAACCUAUAAUAGCUUGUGGUCACAUUUUAAGAAGCCACGGCUAAAUGUCUCAUUUAUAGGAAAAAUAGUGCAAUUCAUGCUCAGAUAUGGAAGAGAGACCCUUUGAGUUAAAAAGAAAAAAAUGUGGCAGUUGUGUGGUAUUUUGAGGCACCUUUUCAUCAGUUCAGCUUCGUAUAGGAACGGAUCACUCUGCAAACUGAUGGGUAAUGUGUAACAGUGGCGUCCCUUGAGAUUCCACAUGGGUAGCGGUGACGUUUCUGUAAACAUUGAGCUCUACUUAGGAGGCGGCUUCUUUCUGAGAUUAAGGACAAUUAUUGCGUUCGUCGUUGACUGGAGAUCGCUGUUUAAAUCCUUACUAAGUCAUUCAUAGAGCAAAAAACUGUCUUUGGUCAACACAAAUCUCGUAGUCUUUUAUACCACUUGCAUGCUAUUGAUGCUUGCAUCGUGCAUAAGGUGAAGAACUAUCAGAAAGUUGAAUGUGAGCAAGUGCGUGUAUGAAAUUCUGCAUAUAAAGCUGAAAAAGCUUUUUUUUUUAAAAAUGUUGAUUGUAACAACAAAAAAGAAGUCUGUAUAGUUCCUCAUUACAGUUAUAUAGAAGUUCAUUAGCUUUGCAGAUUAAUAAAUUAAACGUAUUGUGAUAAGCAUGGCUAAACCUGGUGGGUUCGACUUUUGGAGAACUAAUCUUCGAUCAGCAAAGCUUGUUGUGGCUCCAAUGGUUGAUCAGAGUGAGCUUGCAUGGAGAAUGCUAAGUCGCAGAUACGGUGCUCAGCUGUGCUAUACACCCAUGCUGCAUGCAUCUGUCUUUAUUCGUGAUGUAAAUUAUCAGAGAGAAUCACUGCAGUCAUGUGAAGGUGAUCGACCUCUUAUUGUUCAGUUUUGUGCCAAUGACCCCAAUACGUUGCUGGCAGCUGGGAAAAUUGUAGAAGACAAGUGUGAUGCUAUUGACCUCAACAUUGGCUGCCCCCAAAGUAUUGCACGUCGUGGUCAUUAUGGUGCUUUUCUACAGGAUGAAUGGGAUCUUUUGAGAGAUAUGGUGAAAAUAUGCCAUGAAAACUUGAAGGUUCCAAUCACUUGCAAAAUUCGUGUAUUCCCAUCUGUGGAAAAAACUGUGAAGUAUGCUAAAAUGCUGGAGAGUGCAGGAUGUCAGCUUUUGACUGUUCAUGGGCGCACAAUAGAUCAGAAGGGUGUACAUACAGGCCUUGCAGAUUGGAACAUCAUAAAGGCAGUCAAAAAUGCAGUUAAUAUCCCAGUGUUUGCAAAUGGAAAUAUACAGUAUAUGGAGGAUGUGUAUCGAUGUCUUGAGGAAACAGGAGCAGAAGGAGUUAUGACAGCAGAGGGAAAUCUUCAUAAUCCUGCUCUGUUCCAUGGUUUAUCACCACCUAUUUGGGAGAUGGCAGAAGAGUACCUUGACUUUGUAGAAAAGUACCCAUGUGUAUCUUCCUAUGUUCGAGGUCAUCUGUUCAAGCUUUUUCAUCAUGCGCUUCAUAUACACAGAGACAUUCGUGAUGCUGUAGCAUCAGUAAGGACGGUAGCUGAAUUCAGAGAAGUAACAAUGAAACUGAAGGAAAAGUGCCAGGAUGAUAUAAAUGAGUUUGAAAAAAACCCUGAGAAAUUUAUUUCAAAUCUUCCUUAUCCAUAUUGGAUAUGUCAGCCAUAUGUUCGUCCUGGACCAGAUACUCCAAGUGACCCAGAAAAGCGAGAAUUAAGAGAGCAACUGAACCAGCAAAAGGCAGAAUGUUUGGAAAGAAUAAAAGAGGAUGGCCUUUCCAAAAAACAGUUAAAAAAAAGACUAAAAAAUCCAUCUAAAAAUUUUGAUCCAAACAAAAAGCAGAAGUUUGAUACUUGCUCAGCUUGUGCAAACCCUAGGGGUUUAAAGUGUGCAUUUGGACUGUGCAAAGGCUGUUGUCGUAACAAGGCAUCUAAAGAAAUUCUUGACUGUGAAUGUCACAAGAUGCAGUAUAAAACAAAAGCUGCACUUAAGGAUGAUGCUCUGCCAUACAAUAAUGAUAAACAUCUUCCAGAAAUGAAGAAUGAUGGCCUUGUUUUAGAGAAAGCACACCUGGAAAACUGCGAGAACAAACUAGAAGCAAAGAGAGAUUCUACCUGUCAAGACACGACACCUCUUAUUAGUAAUGCUUGUUUAGAAAACAGUGCUGAUAAUGUUGGUCCUAGAAAGAUAGCAUCUACAGAAAAUACUCAUCCAUCUUGAUAAACUGUUCUUUCAUAACAUGACCGAGAAAAGAGGGAGGGGUAGGAGUUGAAGUUUAACAAAUUUGUAUGAGUGUAAAAUAAUGAUGACCAUAUUUUGUGUCUGUUUUUUUUUAUUAAAUGAGCUAGGCACCCAAUAAUAAAAUUUUACUAAUUUUUAUGAGUAAAUAAUAGUGAUGACAGUA